AUGACAGAAUCUGAUGUAGAUGAAUUACCUGCAGAAAAAUUUUUUAAAGCAUUGACUGGUGACCAAAAGGACAGUAACUAUUCUAUUGUUUGUGGAAAUAUCACAACAGAUUCAGAUGAAGAAAAAAAAAUUAAUGAAAUUUGCAAAAAACUUGGACAAAAUAUAUACUAUGUAGAAGAUGCUCAUAAGGAUAAUUCAUUAUUUUACGAUAAGCAUUGUUAUGAUUUGAAUUACUGGUUAUAUGAUGAAUUAACUACAAAGCUUGAUGCAAAAAUACAAAAACAGUGGAAUGGUGUUAACACAAAAGGAAAAUCUAAUAAUAAUGGUAAAAUAUGUAAGCCUCAAUCCCAACUUUUUAAAACGGGAUUAUUCAAAUCUAUCAAAAAUUACUUGAUUACUUUGAAAAUUAUGAAGCAAUUAAAAGAAAAGGAAACAGAGAAUACAGAAACAAAAAUAUAUUGCGACUAUAUUAAAGAACGUGUUUCAUUAUAUUUUACGUUUAAACAAUUAUGUCAACUAAUGAAAAAUGACAUAUGCCAAAAAUAUUUAAAAGAUUAUGAUGAUGAUAGAUAUAAUCCUACAGAAUUAUUGUCUAAGUUCAAAUGUGCGGAAGAAGGCAAAUAUGAAGUUGAACUUGAUGAAAGUCUCAUAACAGAAAUGAUAAAAACAUAUCAAUCAAAUUUUGGUAAUCUGCUUACAGGUUUUGGCAACAUUCUCCCAGGUUUUGGUAGUAUAAUCCCAGGUUUGGGUAGUAUAAUGCCA